ACACCUGACUUACAACAGCACUUUCAAUCCACGAAUUAUUGGUUGCUAACUCGACAUAACAAAAUGAUUUCUCUUUUAAAACUCGUAGCCUUAUCGGGAGCUUUUUUUUGUAUGACUCUCGGACUGGCCGAUGCUCAGUGUUCUACCCGAGGUCCAAUAACGAUUGAGGAGCAACAUUGUUUAAAAGCCUUACCUCUAUUCCCUCUCCCCAGUGGUCCUGACACCAUUAUUUUCAAUGGCAAUAUGAUCCCAUCUCGUUUCCGGACUUGCGAGCUCAAGUUGAGAACCGUGGACGGAACCUCAACGAUUCACAUCUCCAAGGCGGCUGUGGAGAGUGCCUUCCAGACUUCUUGGAACCAAUGCCACGGCUACUCUACGAUCACGAUCACCAAUGUUCAAUUUCCUGACACCCCCGUUUAUUUGGAUAUUGGAGCAUUCAAGGACCAACCUGGCAAUCCAUAAAGUUUUCGACUGGCGUAUUUAACAAUCGCAGCUCUCCUUCGGCAUCAAUAUCAUUCUUACAUCGAGAUUUGAUUCCCACUGAAAAGUCGCCGGGUCUGAUGAAAGUCGAUCCUUG